AUGAUGGAGUCAUCGAUGUUGGAAUACUACAUGGAAAGAGACUGUCAGCUGCAGAGCAUUGGCGGACUACUCGACUCCAAAGGUUACGGAAUAGCAGUCCCGAAAGGAUCGCCACUACGAGACAUCUUAUCCCGGACGGUUCUUCAGCUACAGGAGCGGACAAAACUCGAAGCGCUCAAAAGUAAAUGGUGGCGUGAUAUGAGAGAAGGUCCGUCCUGUUCCCCACAAGCAGAAAAGUCUCGGGCUUCUCCUCCUCAAAGUGUUUUUGGUAUUUUCUACGUUCUCAUUACGGGACUUAUUAUCGCUCUGUUAUUAGCCUUUGGAGAGUACUGCAUUGAAUCAAGGCAUGACUCAUUCCGUUUGAAGCUUACUGUUUUAGGAAAGAUUCGCGAUUGGUGGGAGAAAUUGAACGGCGACAAAGCCGAAAAGGCUCGAAACAAACUUCGCAACAUGCAGUUGGACACAGCUGGACAAGAGUUUUUGAAGUGA